GGUGCUUUCCCUCACCCCCCCCCCCCUUUGUCCGCGCUGCUGCCGUGAAGUAACGCACUUUGAAGCUGAGAACUGCUAAUUCAUAAUAACAGCCUCCAGCGCAUCCCCUCCUCUCUCUCUCUCUGUAUUGUAGCGUAGUUUCUUGUGCGCAACGUCAACGGCGCAGUAGAGGCGAACUGCGGCGGUGUGAAAGGCCUGUGCGCGUGUUCUCCUUUGUUUUCUUCACCUCAUCCGGUUUGCGGAUCAAUAAUUGUUGUAGGCUGACUUCGUGUGGGUGUUGCAGAGCAGGUGAGCGACAGCGUCUCCCGCAGUUCUGCCCCAGCUGCGCCAGCGCAAGUACUUUUUGAAUUAGCUCCUCGUUUUCUCUUCUUCUCGAGAGCUUCGCACGCAGCUUCUUUGCCCGACUCUUUUCUUCUGUACAUGUUUUAGGCUUUUGGCAGCAUUGGCGCCGGCGCUGCAUCUCAUCGAGAGCGCUGCCUUUCCUUUCGUAAUUGGCGAGUAUUUUGAAGGAAUUCUUGAUAUGUGCGGCGGCUCUGUGCACACCGUGCGCCCACGCACCUUCUGCGGGUGGUGCGCGCUCUCUGCCGGCUACAUUCCGUGUCUUAUUGCUGUUGGGCUCAUUGCGCUAAACGUGCUGCCCUUCCACCUGUGCUUCCUGCCGAUGCUCCAUGCGGCCUGCGUGGUGGGCAACGCGUCUAUUUUCUAUUACUACUACUCCAUCGUGAUAAUGGUCUUUGCAGAGAUUAUGGUGUAUGGCAACCUCUACUGGGCAAUCUUUACGCCGCCUGACUUUGUGCCGCACGAGCCAUGGGCCGAGGCACCCGUGUAUCAGGGCCGCGCCGUGAGCGAGAACCCGUACGAGGUGUUCGAUCUCGACCGCACGGGUAAGCUGCGCUACUGCGGUGCGUGUCGUCAGUUCAAGCCCGAUCAGGCCCACCACUGCCACAUGUGUCACCGCUGCGUCUACCGUAUGGACCACCACUGCCCGUGGAUCAACAACUGUGUGGGCCGUGGCAACUGCAAGUACUUUCUGCUCUUCGUCGGCUACAUCCCGGUCGGUGCAUUCCACAUCGUCCUCUCCACGUUGUACAGCUGCGUAUUUCACUUCCCCGACUUCUUCGGGCAGGCCAUGACGGAGGAGAAGAUCUUCUCGAGCCUCAUUGUGAUCCUCUCCAUGGUCUUCUCCACCGCAAUGGGCCUCUGCUUCCUCGCGUUCGCCAUGCAUUUCGUGUGCAUGGCCUACCAAGGGCAGACCUCUGUCUCCCGCAUGAUUGCGUCGAAGAAGCAGGCGGAUGAGCUAGAGCAGCAGCGCAAGCGCGCCGCGGAGGACCGACUGUUUUACAUGUUUGACCUCUUUGGUGCGGAUCAGCGGUGGAGUCGCAUGCUUUUGCCUUUUAAGCCGGACCACGACGUCCGUCGUGCGCCGCCCGGUUACGCCAAGCGCUUCGGCGGCUCUGUCGAUGAGUACAUAGUGAGCCUGGUGUAG